AUGACAAACAAGUCGCCAACAAUGGAGAUGUCAGUGAGCGGUAGAGUACCAGAUGAGACGGAACAAGUUCUUGACCAGGGAAAGGUCACCUGUGAAGUGGUACCUCUAUGGAACACUCCCGAAGAUGGUGAUCUGGUCACAAGCGAGCGCAGACUAACCGCCCCUGACAUUCUGGGAGGUCCACGAAAAGAAAGACGGGGCAGGAACAUAGCGAUAGCCGCCCAAGAUUACCUCCCGAGGAAGGUAAAUAUGGUAAGGUCUUGGAGGUCUGAAGCGAAUCCACCUCAGUGUUCAAAGGGGCUUGGGAUAUAA